AUGCAAGAUGGAUCUUCGUGUCACCCAAAGCAGCGUACAUCCAAGGCAUGCGAUCGGUGUCACCGGCAGAAGUUGAAAUGUGAUACAGCCCGUCCUUGCAUUCUUUGCGUCCGAGCCUGUCACAAAUGUGAAACCAGCACGAGAAGAUCCCCUCGCCGAAAGGGGCCCCGACAGCAUAAUGCUUCGUAUACGACUUUGACACCCAAACCAGCCUUGAUCGAAUCUCCGCCCGAACUCGUCUCGCCGGCGUCCAAUGCGACAACGUCCAAUGCGACAACGUCCGAUAAGCAACAGCUGAAUACGAACUCCUCUACCAUUGAUUUCGCACGGCAGAUAUUCAACGAGCAGGAAACAGGGCGCAUUCUCACCGGUGCCUCGCUCCCCGGGGAUGUGGGCAUAUCCAAUCCCGGGGACCACCCAUGGAGCCUGCAGCAGCUCAAGAUGCCGCCGGCCCCGGUCAUGCUCUCUCUAUUCGACGCUUACUUCCACCGAGUGCAAUGGUUCAUCAUGUUGCUCGUUGAGCCUCAUUUUCGGAAGACCGCCCAGGGUCUCAUUUCUCGAGAUCAGUGGCCGCGCCGAGAGCUUGGCUCAUGUAUGUUAGUUCUAGCUGUGGCGGCGAUCGGACUACAGUCUGUUCUCUCUGACAAGUAUUGGACUGGGUAUGAGCAACUGCGUAUCCACAGCAUCGACCCGGAGACUAUGCUCCUAGAGUUCAUUGCGGAGAUACGCCUCCAUUUGUUGGAUGUCCUCGAAGACUGCCGAGUUGAAGCCGUCCAAAUACCCCUACUUCUGUCUUCUUACUAUGUCUUCCACAAUUCUCCUCGUCUUGCCUGGACUGUUCUUGGAAUGUCGCUCAGGGCAGCUUAUGCUCUAGACAUGCAGAAUCAAGAUACAUCUGGGACGGAUCUCAUCAUGGAAGAAACAAAAUCAAGGUGCUGGAAUCACCUCGUUGUUUCGGACACGUUUACUUCCAUGGUUUAUGGACGGCCGGUUUCGAUCGACUACGCCGAAGUCCAUCAACUCAGAGUUUUAGACGACCUCACCCUACCACCUGGCCUAAUCAGCUCUCUUCCAGGAGCAACAGACAAUGUCAAAAUCGGAAAGGGAUUGUUCCACGUCAUGAAAACCGAAAUAUACGAAAUCGUGCGUCAAACGCUCCUGCGAUUCCACCGACUUCGCUUAGGGCCCAUAAUGGUAGACAAAGACCUAGAGGCCAUCGCAUCGAUAGUGCAAGACUCGGACAACGCACUGCAAUCGUGGAGAGGGAAUGUUCCGCAAAUAUUGGAUUUUGAAUUUUGGAGAGGUGAAGGGUGGAACAGACUCACCCAGGAACUCCAGGAGUCUACCGAAGCCAUGAAAGAACAGGCAGAGACGAUGUUUCUCCAAGCAGCUCUCCUACAACUGACAUACGACUCCGCUCUAAUCCAGAUCCACCGCUCUCUUCUAGAAAGGAAAUUAAAAACCGCAUAUAAGCCCGUCGUGGGCGCGAUAAACAGAUCCCUCGUUGCAGCUACGGCGGCAGCCCUUCGAAUGUCACAUAUCCCAGUCCACAAAUUCCGAAAACACUUCGCUGCAUCGUUUGUUUCGAUGCAGCAGUUUACGGCUGGAGUCAUUCUCUGCAUUAAACCCACCUGUCUGCCCUUCUCGCCAGCUGCGUUGGAAGCCAAGGCCGGAGUUUUGAAGAUAAUAAGGGCUAGUCGGACAGAGAGCCAUCAGAAUCGAAUUGCGAGGCACACCGAGCAGCUGCUCACUGAAUUGCUGAAAGUCACGAACCAGCGUGAGAUGGCUUGUGCUCUGGGUGAUAAUAUGGGCGGCAGGGCACCCAGAGAAACCAUGUUCAACUGGUCGAGCGAUGGCAUUCCUCAAGCAGGCCCACCCGUAGUCGAGGCAUAUGGUGGGGGCUCAUCUUCUAUGGCAUCUGUCUCCACCUCGCAAGACUUAUAUGAAAAUGCGAAUGGAAAUGGACCCUGGGGAGAGAAUCCGGGCUGUGGCUUGCUAUCAAAUACUUCCAUGCCAUUGGAAUACCCAUCCGAAUACAUUUUCGAGCAAUUGGACAGUACGUUCGGUGCAUUUGGAGAAUCAAUUUUCAACAUGAUGCCUGAAGAUCAGAAUAGUAGUUGGAAUUGGGGUCGCUCUUUUCCCUAA